CGCCGGAGCUUCAAAAUUGUUUAGGGUUGGGGAUUAUUUUGCGCCGCAUCAUCCAAAUUGUCCGAUUAACGAAGUAAUAAAGGGCAAGAAUUGUCUUUCUGUUUUCAAAAUUUCUUCAAAAAGAAUUCAUUCACCGACAAAGGUCUGGAUUUUUUAUUCAUGUCUCCCUAUUAUUGUUCAAUCAACUCUGAUUAUCGAACUCUUUGGAGAGAGAUGCAAGGAGGCCGAAAGACAAGAAAAAGAAGAAUCCACCGUGAAGGAGCAAGAACAGUGUUGUACCAGACUUGCACCAGGAAGGAGCAGUGAAGAGGGCCAAGGAAGAAGCCGUGAACAAAUAAUAAGCGGACACGUGUAAGAAAGAACACGGAACACCGGAGAAGGCAGCCAAACCAAAAGAGACGGUGGAAGCCGCAAUCUGUAACCGAUGUCUCCAAUCAAAGAGCCGACACAUUGGGGGGAGUGACCGGCCACCGUACCUAAACGGGAAGAGUCUCGGUCCAACUCCCCUAUUGAUACAUAUAGAUAUAUAAUAGGCCAGUUGGGUUAGUGUUGGAUGGAGGCCCAUAAAUAGAUCACGACCCAAACUCAACUGGGUCCAGUCCAUAUCCGUUCUUCUAACAUGGAUUACCACUGCCUGGAGCUUACUUUCCAUGGUUUCGUCAUAUCAUCAGAGUCUUCCUUCCUAAUUCCCACAGCUCGGUAGAGCUUGAAGCUCUUUAUUAUACUGUGUGACUGUGUGAGAGAGAGAAACUGGAAAACGUAGAAAGAUGACGCUGAAGUUGUAUGUUGAUCGCAUGUCUCAACCUUCCCGGGCAAUUUUGAUCUUCUGCCGUGUAAAUGGUAUUGAUUUUGAGGAAGUAAGAGUUGACUUAUCCAAACGCCAGCACUUAUCUCCUGAAUUUCGAGAAGUUAAUCCCAUGAAGAAAGUGCCGGCUAUAAUGGAUGGAAGAUUCAAGCUUUUUGAGAGUCACGCUAUUCUUCGAUAUCUGGCGUGUGUUUACCCUGGAGUUGCAGAUCAUUGGUAUCCUGCAGAUGUCUAUACAAGAGCAAAAAUUGAGUCGGUUUUAGAUUGGCAUCACUCCAAUUUACGCCAGGGUGCAGCUUCAUUUGUUCUUCAUACAGCACUUGCACCUGCACUUGGUCUCCCUUUGGAUCCAAAAGUAGCAGCUCAAUCUGAAAUGCUCCUAUCAGCUUCUCUUGCAAAGAUUGAAUCUUUCUGGCUCAAGGGAAAAGGGCGGUUUCUGCUAGGAAACUUGCAACCUUCUAUUGCAGACCUGAGUUUUGUCUGUGAAAUUAUGCAACUUGAGGUAUUGGAUGAGGAGAUUCGUAGCCGAAUUCUAGGUCCGCACAAGAAAGUAUUGAAGUGGAUUGAUGACACAAAAAAUGCGACACAACCACAUUUUGAUGAGAUUCAUACCAUCCUCUUGAAAGUCAAAGAGAAGUUAAAGAAGAUGUCAUCUGCUGGAGGCAGCAGCCAAACGAAUGUCAGCAACAAGUCUGUUUUGCCUUCAAAGAUAUAACCUUGUAAUUUACAAAUUGUUCUUUGUAAAUGUCAACCUUGUAUGAUCGAAGUGAGAAAAUUCCUUCCAAAUACAUGUUUCCUUGGAACAAGAAUUAUGGCAAGUUAGUGAAACUUUUGCAUCAAUCGACAGGCGAAGGAAACUGCUUUACCACACUGAUAGAUCCUUAAUUCCCCCAUUUGAGCAAAUAAACUGCUGAGUUUGCCACCUUGCAUUGAUUAUUUCUGGUUGCUGCCUCGAUCUAGAGGUUGUUGGAAAUGUCCGAAACAUUGGGUUAGGAAUUGGGAAGUCUUCAUUAAUCUCUGAUCAAUGUAUAUUUUUAAGGGCUAAGAAGCAACAAUAGCAUUCUCUCGUUUGUUUCUAUUGGUUGUUGCAUCUCUUUAAUUAAUCUCCAACUUCUUAGGUACAUGGUGGAUCUGAAAUUGAGGAAGCUUUGUCUAGUCAUGAAUGGCCCCAAAACAGUUUACGAAUUCAGUGAAAUGUGCAUUAAAGGAUGAUUACAAUCGACUAGCUAGCGAGCUGUACUGAAGAAGAGCAUCACUGUCACAUAUAGCUCAAGCAUCCUAACUGUUCUAUAGAUUGCUAACACUGACUAAUCUAGCUAACCACCAUUGUUUGAGUCUAACAGAACCAUAGACAUGAUUUAUACUCCUGGAUUAAGAGAACCCACUUCGAGUUUUACCCCAUUUUCGUGCAUUCAUCCAUUCUGCAUCACUGCCUUUGUGUUUUUUGGUGUGUCAUGCUACUUCUUUGGUCUCCUGAAGUUCUAUAAGAAAAGCGGGCAGCCAACUGAAGCCUCAAGGAAAAGGCAUCAAUUUGAUCGUAUUGGUAACAUCAUCCUCAUCUAUUCCACGAUCACCACGGUCACCAUAAAAAUAGCCACUUUCCGGGAGUGGCCGCCGCUCACACUUUCAAAAUAGCAAGGAACUCUAGAUAGCUGAAGAGAAACAUGAAGGCCAUUUAGCCUCCAAUUCAGGAUCCAUCCACAUAUUAUUGUAUCCAGACUGGCUCUUACUGGGUGCUUGUAG